CCAGGCGCGAGAUUAAAUUCAAACGGCCGUGUAGGAUAUCUAGGAGUCGGUUGUGUCGCUUCUGCGGAAAAUCCAGGAAAGUUGGAAAGCUGAAUUCUGUCAACAACAACAACAAAAUGGAAGAUAAAGAAAAUGCCAACAUAUCUACCGGUAUAUGGAACGAAGGAGACAGUAUACUUGAAAACACUUUUGUUGCCCCUAAAAACUUAAGUUCCCAUGUAUUGAAACAAAUUAAAACAGAUACAAAUUGUAAUUCUCCAAACAAUACAACAGUAGCAGAUACUGAAUCUGCAGCAGUAAAAUCCAAGGUUAUAUCAUUUACUCAGACCUUUCUACAGAAAGCAAACGUAAAGAAACAGAUAAAAGCAGAUGUCUCCAAUUCUGUUCCAUGCAUUUCAGAUAAACAUAUACUUGGCUCAUAUCGGGGCAAAAUAGUUUCUUCUAAGGUAAACUCCUUCAGAAAAGUUCCAGCAAAUGAGCCUAGAAAUUCUCUUCCUGCUCUGCCUAAAUCAAGAGUAAAGUCAGCCACAACUAAUACAAGCAUAAGGGAUGCUAAAGUCAUUGGCAAUGCUGGUGCUCCUAAGGCCCUAAAUUCCACCCCUUUUCAGGCCAGUACUGUAAGAGUUUCUGUUUAUCAUCCCAAAACUAUUCUGAAUCAAGAGAAAUUUGGUGGUACAGAGAAUACUGGUACAAUUCAAAAGAACUCUUUCAGCAAUCGGAAAUCACUAUUAAAGACUGCUCCAAUCAAUGCUGAUAAUUCUGUCCCAAGGACAAAGAAACUUGUGUCAUCUAAAACUGUGCCACUUUCUGAAAGUCAUGCUACAAAAUCAAUUACCAAAAAUGCUCCAACUGUAGAUGUGAGAAGCUGGCAACACAGUCAGAUGAGGCUGAGACUUCAACUAGCUGAAUGGCAGGCUUCAAAAGGGACAAAGAAGGUACGUAACACCUUACCUGGAAAUAGCCAGCCUAAAAAAGCAACAUGUCAGCAAACUAUGAAAGAGUCAGUUGAAUCAUUUUGGGCUACCAUUGUUGAAGAAGACGAACAAGGACAGCUUAGUGAUAAGGUCAACAAGACACUUGCAGAAUGUGUGGAUCUCAUUGAAAAGGGCUUUGUAGGUGAAACAGUACAUUCCAUUUUGGAAAAUCUGGUAGUGAAAUUACCAGAAGCAAAAAAGUUUGCUAAGUAUUGGGUGUGCCAGAUGCGUCUUGAACAGUUUCGCUCCACAGAAAAAGUAAUGACUAUUUAUGAAAACGCAAUUCUUGCAGGUGCAGAGCCUAAGGAUGAGCUGCGUCGUACUUUUGCAGAUGUUAUAAAGGCUAGACGAGACCUAUCAAAAACUGAUGAAUGUGUGAAGGAAGAGAACACUGCAAAUCCUGAGAGACCAGUUGAAACAGAGAUAAAAGAGGCUUUCAAGGAAGUCAGUUUGAAUAAUGAGGUGGAACAUAGUAAUGAAGCUUUUCAAGAAUCAACAGAAAUUUGCUCAAAAAUCCAAGAAGACUUUCCUGCGGCAAAAAAGAACAAAAGUAAAGAACAGAUGCAGAAAGACUUUAAAAAUGAAGAAACUGCUGCUAGUGCAGAGAAAGAUAGAAACCUAGAGAUUCAAACUCCUAAAAAUGAAAAAGCCUCAUAUUUAAUAAAAUAUAAUUUGUCAACGACUUCCCAUUUGGAAAGCACAAAGAAAAGGCUGCAGUGUGAUGAUUCUACAAUUAAAAAUCUGAAAUUCCUAACACCUGUAAGACGGUCCUGCCGCAUUCAUGAAAAAGGAAAUAGGUUGCCAAGUAUGCUGAAAGACCAUAGUCCUUGUGUUUCUUCACUUGAACAGCUUGGAGAAUUAGGAGAUGAAGGCACUGGUUUCAUCUAUCGACCAAACAAUGCACUGUAAACUGUCAACACUGCAACUAUGCACCUAUCAGUCAACAGGAACAAAACAGAAUAAAAGCAUAUGUUUUUAUUUAAGCUAAAAUUAAUUCAGUGCAGGUUUUAAAUUCCCAUGGUUUAACUAACUUAAUUUAGCUUUACUGUUACUAAAUAAAUAAACAAAAUAUAUCUAAUAUGGGAAGGAUUGCUAUGCUUUAACAUGUAAAAGAAAUAUUUAAAACAAUCUUGCCAUUGGUGACACUAAACUAAUUGUAUAGUGAGAUGAUAGCAUUUAAUGAAAUUGAACUUUGUGGGCAAUACAAUUAUGUUGUGUCUAGUUUGUAGAUCUGAAGAUAACAAAUAUUGGCAAUAGUCACUAACUUUUUUGAUAAUUUUAAAUGUCGAAUGUUAAUUCACUUUUACUGUUGAUAUUGUAAACUUUAAAAAUUUACCUUUUUAGAAACUUGUUUGAAUUUCAUAAUCUCUUGGUGUGAGAUAUGUAUGUAUGUUGUGUAUUAUUUGUAUGUUGGUAUAUAUAUAUAUGGUCUCUGGUCUAAGACUAAUAAAUUGUUAUGUAAUAAUAAUAAUAAUAACAGAGUUGGAAGGGACCUUGGAGGUCUUCUAGUCCAACAUCCUGCCCAGGCAGGAAACCCUACACCAUUUCAGACAAAUGGUUAUCCAACAUUUUCUUAAAAAUUCCCAGUGUUGGAGCAUUUACAACUUCUGCAGGCAAGUUGUUCCACUGAUUAAUUGUUCUGUCAGGAAAUUUCUCCUUAGUUCUAAGUUGCAUCUCUCCUUGAUUAGUUUCUACCCAUUGCUUCUUGUUCUACCCUCAGGUGCUUUGGAGAAUAGUUUGACUCCCUCUUCUUUGUGGCAACCCCUGAGAUAUUGGAACACUGCUAUCAUGUCUCCCCUAGUCCUUCUUUUCAUUAAACUAGGCAUACCAAGUUCUUGCAACCGUUCUUCAUAUGUUUUUAGCCUCUAGUCCCCUAAUCAUCUUUGUUGCUCUUCUCUGCACUUUCUAGAGUCUUGACAUCUUUUACAUCGUGGCGACCAAAACUGAAUGCAGUAUUCCAAGUGUGGCCUUACCAAGGCAUUAUAAAGUGGUAUUAACACUUCACUUGUUGUAUAUGUUUAUUAUAUAUGCUUGGGUAGGGAAAGAGAUUGAAAUAGAACAUUAACAACAUUAAUUCUUGAGAACUUUGGGGAAAUAAAUUUGCCAGUUUUAUAAAUGCUGUUCUGAAAGAUUUGAGCAGUGGCUGGAAGUGGCAUGCUAAUAAUGAUUUAAUAUAAAAAUGUGAGUGCCUAUUAAGGACAUGAGUAACAAUUUGUCAGUUGAAAUCCAUAGAAGUGGCAAUGACAAUCUUCUUUCAUACUGUUGCUCAGCUACAUAUAGUCUGGAAGUUCAAGAGUAUUUUAACAAUAGAUGUUUAUGGCCCCAUAUAGUUUACAUAUUGAUGAUUAUUUGAAAUUUGUCCACCAACUGAAACUGAAAUGAGUCCAGGCAUUUAACAAAACAUGGUCAUGUAAAAAAGUAAGCACAAUGUUUUACUCUAAAUAUAUUACAGCAAGUAUUUGCUCUUCAUAUCAACAAUAUUUAUAAAGGGGACGUAUAACAAACAUACCCUAUCUACAUUUCUAGUCCAUUGAUUUGCUCUGCUGUUGGAAGUGAGGUAGCCGACCAUGACAAAUCAAAACUCAGGCUUUCAGAGAGGUUAUAUAUGCAAAUGAGGCUAGGGAAGAAUUUUAAAUAUUUGCAAAACAAUUGGAUGUCAAUUCCACUUCCUGGAAGAUCAUCUAGAUAUAGAAAAGAUUUCUAACCACUGCCAAUUUGCCCUUGCCAAACCACCCAACAACUUCAGCAGAGAGUAGGAUGUAAGAUGCUGAUAGAAUUCUCUUAAGAACUCCAGAAUUUUAUGGGUUCUACCAGUAGCUCUUAGCACUAUUGAUGUCAAAGUGGAUGAGUGUACCAGCAGUUAAUUUGAUUCCUAUAUCCUCUAUCUGAUGGCAUUCCUUUUGUAUAGAUGUCUGGUUUUUUGAAGGUUGUAGUACCACUGAAAUAGAUUGAUGUAAAUUGAUAAGUUGUUUUCCUGUUUCAAUUUCCUAGACCAGAUAUUUUCUUCAAUAUUUCCAAUCUUGACAUACCAGCCUCUAUCUACAAG